UUAUUUUAUAUUAUUAUCUUCCAUUUGAAUUACAACGCAAGUGGUUCAACGGUCCCCAGUGUACCUGCUAUAAUACUAAACCAUCCCCGAGCUCGGCCCGUUGCGAAAACCCUAACCCUAAUAACUGCACUGCACUUUGUGCCCCAUAAACCCUUCGAAUCGAAACACCAACCAAGGGUUUCACAUCACCUCCCCGUCCCCGUUCCCGUCCCCUCCUCUUCCCGCUUGAUCCUCGAAUUCGAAAAAGCCCUACCCCCGAAUCCCACCCCAGAUGAACUCCGUCCUCCUCGAAUCCCCGUUAAUGGCGAAACCCCUCUCUCUCGGGCCCCUCGGCGCCCCCAAUUUCCAGUCCGUGCUCAAGGAGUCGAUCGACCGGUUCCUGGUCGAGAUCCAGAAGCGGGAUUCGUGCGACUUCUCCCCCUUCCGUUUGAUCUUCUUCCGCCUCCUCCAAUCGAGCUCCGACCCCCCGCUCGAGAUCGUGUGGUUCUACUCCGCCGUGGGCUACCACGAGGCGAUCGCCGGUAAGAGGGACGACCCCCUUGGCCGCGUCGCCGCCGUGAAGGACCUGCUCCAGAUGCUCGCCGCGUGCUCCGCCUCCUGCGGCGGCGCCAAGUGCCUCGCCCUCCUCGCCCCCGCCGUUUCCGAGCUGUACUACUGCGCCCUCGCUGCGGCGAAGCUCUCCAAGAAGGAGGCGAAGAGGGUUAACAAGGAGAUGGAGUGUUUAGUAGAAGGAAUACUAAGCUACAUUAGCAUUUGCAGCAGCAAGAGUUCCGGUGGGGGAGACUCUACUCCCAGUUGCUUGCUCCCGGGUUUCGGCGAUCUUGUUCGCGUGUGGACCGUGCACCAUGCGAACAACAAAGGAAGCGGCUUUGGCGUGCUUUUCCCGUUGGUUAGUGAUGAAACAAGGUAUGAGUUCAGUAAAGAAGGGUGUGGGAUUGGUUACUUAGCUGCGGUUGUGGUGGCCGAGGCGUUCUUGCUGAGGUUGUGCUUGAAGGUACAAGGCGGUGGUUCUCCGAGGCCGGAGUUGCAGAAGGAGCUGAGGAUUUGGACUGUUAGCUCGAUCACCGUGUUCCAGAACCGCGUCUUCUUUGAGAUUUUGUUGAGAUUGCUGCUUGAACCACAUACGCCUCUCGCCUCUCUCUUGAGUACCGAAGAAGAGAUUUUGGUUCGAGACAUCCUCUAUGAUGCUCUCAUCUUAGUAGAUUACUCUUUUGUUAAUCCUGGAGUCGAAGUGGAACAAGCUGAUGAGUCAACAAUAAGUAUACUUAUUACACGGCUGAUUGUUGCUUAUGAAGCCACUGAAAUCGCCAGGAGGAAAGGGGAUCAGGGAAGAGCCUUGUCAUAUAUAAAUGCCUUUUCAACUUCGAGCACUCCCAUUUAUUUGACAAAGUGGGUUGGCAGUCAGGUUGGCUCGGAAAAACUUAACAGGCCCAAUUCCACUGCUCCUCAAGCUCUUCUCAAGUGGCUUGUUGAUUUUGAAGACAAGGGACUUAGACUGUUGGGGGACAACAUUUCUAGACUUCGCAAGAGGUUGAUGUUCGAAGAGUCUAAAGUUGUUUCCGAACACGCAAUGGUUGAUUCAAUUAGCAAAGAAACAGACGCCGAUCUCUUCUUUUUCGAUAAACAAAGGAAUGAUACAGAGGAGGAUCACAAGGAUCGGGACAUCGAAAUGGUGGAUAAUGCUUUUAUGGCUGCUGCUAAUUCCAUGAAAUCAGCAAUUGAUGGAAGGAGAAAGAGAAAGGGCUCGGGAGGUGAGGGUGAAUUACAGGUGAAAUUUGUUAAGUAUAAGAUUCACGAUAGCUCAGUGAAGGAUUACUUCUUGCCUAUAACCAAUGGGGUUUGUAGCGGCAGCGAGGUUGAAAACUCACCGUCAGAUGCUGAAAUGGAAGAAACAGACUAAUAGGAUGACAUCGGAUAAUUGUUGUUUUGUAAUAGCUGAGGCACACAACUGUUCUCCUGGAAUUUAGAGGAUAAUGUAGGGUUAAGGAUAUUGCUUCUCUGUAUUAACAUACUUCGCUAGGGCAUAUUACGGUACAAUGUUGUCUCCUCUAUGUUUCCUGUUGUGCAGAAAACUGACAAAAAAUGUAGAUUUUGAUCAAAAUCUCUUAACGGCAAGAACUACUUAAAAUUUCUAA